CGCCUGUAUUUAGCUGGAAUUAAUUCUCUCAUCAAUAUAUUCGAAUCAGACGGUGGUGGACUAAAUUCGGAUUGGGAAACGGCUGUUUUGCUUGAUUUUCAUAUAUGUCAACUGGCGAAAUUUAAGUCCACUCUACAAGGGCUUGUAGAAUUAUAUUCAGUGAAUUUACAAAAAUGUGGAAGAAUGAAUGAGUUAAAAAGCUAUGCACCGUUAGCUAAAACUGCAUUACUAUUUUCAAUAUUUACAGAAAAACAGAUGGAUUAUAUAAUGCAUAAACUUACCCUGUGCUUUAAUAAUAAUGCACAAAAUGCUACAGGAACUGUACGUGAAUUCAUUGCCUGGCUCAUAUCCAUAUGAUGAAGAUGUCAAUGAUAUAGCCUUACAGAUAUGGUUAAAUGCACAAGAAGUGUCUAUCUCAUCGUCACCGAUGAUGCCAACGACGGUGGCAAGAAAUUACUCCUGCUCGUCAUCUUCUUCCACAUGGACCGCCAUCUCGCCAGCUAACUCUAAUGAUGAUAGUCAAUUCAGUGAUGAUAUAAUCAAACUGAUGCAUAAAGAGUUUAAUCAACUUGCAUUUAAUAAAGAGAUCGAAGCUCUACUCUUUGUGUUUUUAUCAAUCAGUGAACAUGUCUUAUAUGAAAAUGCAUCUGGUGUAAUGGUGUUAAAAGAAUUUGCAAAGUCUGCAUCAAUUUCUUUGAUAAAAUUUAUGAGUAGAAUUGGACAGUUAAUUGCUUAUUAUGCAAUAAAUGAUACACUGAGUGAAAAUAGAAUAUCUCAAGGGGACAGUCAAAAAUUACUCUCGUCUCAAAUAUAUGCUUAUCAUCCACAAUGUUUAAUUUGAUUU